AUCCCAACAAAACCCAGAUCAAGAUUUCCCCAAAAACCAAAGGAAUCAUGAGAAAUUCAAUGACUUUCUCUUCCUUUCCUAGCAUGCUCUUGGCCUUUCUCAUUGCAUUCUCUCUCCCCUUUGAUGGUGCUUUAGGUGAGAUUAUCUGCGAGGAUUUGCCAAAAAGCCUGUGCGCGUUCUCGAUCUCAUCGUCCGGCCGACGUUGCUCAAUAGAGUACACUAAUCGACCGGACGGCAACAAGGACUUCCAAUGCACGACAUCAAAGGUUAUUGUCGAGAAGAUGGCGGAAUGGAUUGAGACAGAUCAGUGUGUCCGGGCUUGCGGGGUCGAUCGGAAUAUGGUUGGGAUUUCCUCGGAUGCCUUGAUGGAGCCCCGGUUCACAGCGAAGCUCUGCUCGACCACAUGUUAUCAGAAUUGUCCAAACAUCGUCGAUCUCUACUUCAAUCUUGCCUCAGCAGAAGGCGUCUUUCUACCUGACCUAUGUCAACUGCAGCGUUACAAUCCACACCGCGCAAUGUCGGAGCUUCAGAGCUCGGGGAUCGCAGCGGGGCCUGCAUCUAAUGUUGCACCAGGGCCCCAAUCGGCCCAGUCAUCUCCUGACUUCACUUCUACACCUGAGGAUGCCGACUCAUCUCGUUUCUUCGCUGCUGCACCCGAGUCGACUGAGUCAAGUAAUUUCUUCGCUUCUGCACCCGAGUCGACGGAGUCAACUAAUUUCUUCGGUGCUGCGCCCGAGUCUGCCGAGUCAUCUAAUUCCUUCGCUUCUGCACCCGAGUCAGUUACUUCCUCCAGUACGGACGCCGCGGCUGCGCCAGCUUCUGCUUGA